AUGGACAAUGUGGUCAUCAAAAGUAAGACCAAGACAGACCUGGUUGCAGACCUUCAAGAAAUGUUCAACAAUCUCCAGAAGUACCGCAUGAAGCUGAACCCAGAGAAGUGUAAGUUCGGGGUUCCGUCAGGGAAGUUUCUUGGAUUCCUCGUGUUCAUCUUAAGGCUAGGGGAGAAGGGAUUGCCGCUCUUCAAACUUCUGAAGAAAAAUGACCACUUCCAGUGGACGACAAAGGCAGAGGCGGCAUUCCAAGAGCUCAAAAGCACCACGGUGAGCGGAUCUGGAGUCACAGCCGACUCUACCCCCAUCGAGCUGUCCAAGGUCAUCGACCUCUCCGGCGAUGAGGGAGGGAAAUACGCCAUGGCUUCCGGGUCUGCAGACACUACGGGGCAAAAUGCAUGA